AUGAGCCAUCUCACUGCUGAGAUCGAUAAGUCGUGCGAUCGAUAUCCAAGGGGAAUGCGUCACAUUAGUCAACGCGAUGAUGGAUGCCGAGGCACAGGAGGUUCUUCAUUGAAAAACACCGAACUUCGGUUCAAUAUUCUUAAGUCUGCAGUACCAGGGCCCGGUGCACAUGACAUUAAAUCCAAUUUGUCUGGCUCUGAAUAUGAUCCGUGCGAUCUUUUAAUGCCCUAUUUAAUUUACGUGAAGAAGCCUAAGAUUCCUAUUCGCUAUGUGGACCGCACGUUUCCUUCCAUAAUAGCAACAUUAGAUGCACAUGGUUACGAGAUGGGACAGAAUGGACAACUCGAACCUCGACGUGUGCAAGCUCAGUUUUGCACCGAUGAAAGUGUUGGAUCAAAACACGAAGCUUGCCAACGCUAUCGAGGUUGCAAGUGGGGUUCUAGGACGGAUUAUAGGAGAACCUUCUCUCCACCAAAUGACUAUCCGGGACCAGGCACAUACUUUACCUCACUGAACGAUGAAUGGGUCCAGUUAAUAAUUCGUGGUCUUCAAAGAAAUUUAAUAAAUUCAAAACACGUUCUCAAAAUCCCACGCUAUAUUGAAAAGCACGUUUUAGAUGCAAAACAAGAAAAUCUGCCUCCUCCAGGAUUGUACUUUGCAGAAGAGAAUGUACCAAAGACACCCAAUCCCCACAGACCGCCGUUUGCAUCAAGCGCUUCGAGGUUUCCACCCCACGACUCAUCCGUUCCUGGACCAGGAACCUACAACACCAAUCGAGACAAGUUUGACUCGUUUUGUACACUGAGGAACCAAAAAAAGAUACCUUUCUUAUCUUCGGACGCCAGAAUGACUAAAACCGACACCAAUCUCAUUCCUGGCAAGUCUCUUUUGGUUGUAUUUUAA